AUGGAUUUCGGAAACUUUGGAACCAACCUUGGCAAGAACCUGUCCAACCUUGGGGCCUCUAUCACCCCCUUUGCGUCGCGCACCUUCCAGUACACCAAGGAGCAGUUCGGUCAAACCGAGGACAAGACCCAACUCCCUCCUGACUACAUCGACCUCGAGAAGCGCGUCGAUGCCCUCAAGCAAGCCCACCAGAAGAUGCUUGCUGUGACCUCUCAGUAUUCCAACGAGGCCUACGACUACCCCCCUAACAUCAAGGAGACUUUCCAGGACCUUGGCCGCACCGUCAGCGAAAAGGUCAGCCUCCUCUCGUCUGCUACCUCUCCCGCCGAAGCUCAGGCUGCCCUCGUCGCUCCUCCCGCCGCCAAGCCUCAGCCUAAGACAUUCAGCCAUGCUGUCGCUCGCGCCAGUCUGGCAAGCAGCCAGCUUCUCCACCAGCACCACACCGGUGCCGGAGAGGACCCCCUCGCAACCGCCCUGGAGAAGUAUGCGCUUGCCAGCGAGCGUGUUGGUGAAGCUCGUCUUGCCCAGGAUGCCCAGAUCCAGAGCCGUUUCCUCGCCGGUUGGAACACUACCCUCAACACCAAUUUGACUUUCGCUACCCGCGCUCGCAAGAACGUUGAGAACUCUCGCCUCUCCCUGGAUGCAGUUAAGGCUCACGCCAAGGGUACCACUUUCAAGUUGGGUGGCCAUGCACAUGGCGACCAGCCCCAUGAGGAGCAAGAGUUGAGCCCUGAGGCCCAGGAGGAGAUUGAGAAGGCUGAGGACGAGUUUGUCACUCAGACCGAGGAGGCCGUUGGAGUCAUGAAGAAUGUUCUCGACACACCUGAGCCCCUGCGCAACCUUGCCGAACUUGUCUCCGCUCAGAUUGAGUACCACAAGAAGGCAUACGAAAUUCUCACCGAGCUCGCCCCCGUUAUCGAGGGCCUCCAGUCUGAGCAAGAAGUGCGUCGUGCCUCUGGUUUUUAA